AAUGAAAAAGUCAAAACAACCGACAUUGGAUUCAUUUAUGAAAUUAACCAAUAAAACACCAAAAACACCUUCUAAUAAUGAUAAUACUACUGAUAUCGAUAACGAUGAUAUUAUUGAAUGUUCACCAUUAUUAAAAACUAAAGUAACUAAAUUAAGUAAAGUUAGAAGUUUUAAUGGAGCAGCAAAUUUUAAAACAUCAUUAAAUGGCGAAACUUUAAAAAAGAAGAAAAUGAACGAUAAAUGCCAAAUUUUAAAAGAAAAAAGUCAGAAAGAAGUUAAAGAAUUAAUUAAUAAGAUAGCAACUAAAAUGCAAGCUGUACCAAUUAAAGAAUGUAAUAUUGAAAGUGAAGAUUUAAAUGAUAUUUUACAAGAUAUUGAUCCUACUCUUCAAGAUAAAGUCAUAAAGAAAUCUAAAGAAGAAACUUCUUCCUCUAUGAAAAGUGACGCUCAAACGUCUAUAAAAACGCCAAGAGAAAAGUUAAAAGAAUUAAAACCGGUUAAAGUCAAUAUUAAGAAAAGGAAGGAGACGUCUUCCAGCGAUAUACCAUUUAAAUUUCCAAAAAAAGAGACGCAAAUCGUUACUAAACGCGAACGAGUAAAGGGAUACAAUUCAAAAAAGAUGUGUAAGAUUCUAGAAGUUUCUCACUACUUGGAAGGAACUAACGAAACAAUUGAACUCUUCGAUUAUUGGGAUGAUAAUACACCAGUUGGAGCAGGAGAUAUAAUAUGCGCUUAUGGUGAAAAAGAAUCGUGCGCAAAACCUAUUAAAAUUGAUAAGAAUCAUGGUUUUGUGAUCAUUGAUCCCGAUCGUUUAAUAAGCGUUACAUCCGUUGUCGCGACGCGUAGAUGUAUGAGAAGACAAGUUUUAAAAGACAUCUUCAAAGAAUAUCCAAUGCAAGACGGUAAUAAUGAACUUCCAAAAUCAGCUCUAUGCGGUUCUAUUGUUCACGCAGUCUUUCAGAGAGCCCUUGUCGAGAAGAGAUUUGAUGAGAAAACCCUAUUUUGGUUCUUGGAAAAAACAAUUGGGAAUUACUUAAUUGAUAUGUACGCUCUUAAUUUUGAUGAGAACUUUUUAAGGGCCUGGUUUAAGCCUAUGGCUGAGCAAAUGAGAAUAUGGAAUGGGAAAUUUGUUAAUAAUCCAUCAAAUAAACCGAAUAUAAAUCAAAUAGUUGAUAUAGAAGAAUGUAUUUGGUCGCCAGAGAUUGGUAUGAGAGGUAAAAUUGAUGCUACGGUUGAAUGCGAUGGAGAGAUUACACCAUUGGAAUUAAAAACUGGUAAAGUUAAAAAUAACGAAGAACACGAUGGUCAAGUUGUUCUAUAUAAUUAUAUGCUUGGUUUAAUAACGAGAAAUGUAAUUCAAACUGGCCUCCUUCUAUACGUUAGAGAUGGAAAUCGUAUGAAACAAGUUGAAAGUAAACACGCCUAUACAAUGCAUUUAUUUCAAGCAAGAAAUGAAUUAGUUAAAUGUUUAAAGAAUGUUGAAACAUAUUUUCAACUACCUAAACCUAUUGAAAAUGAUUUUAUCUGCUCAAAAUGCCCUCAAAAUGUUACUUGUGGACUAUUAGAAAGGAAAUUAAAUGGAGAAAAUGCAUCAAAAUCACAUAUUCAAUAUUCAAAUCAUUUAAAAGAUGAAGAAAUUGAUUUUACUAUAAAUUGGUCAUGUUCAUACGCAGGACUUAACUGCGUAAGUUGUAAGAAAGUUGAUGAAAAUUAUAUAAUUGAUUUUGUUCAUGUUUCUCAUGGUUUAAUCGAUAGGAAAUUAUUAGAUUUUGAAGAACAAGAUUUAUUGAUUAUUAGUACAGAAUAUCCAAAUGCAAGAUUAUGUUUAGCAACUGGUAGACUAUUGAAAAUAUCUUUGCAAACCAUUCAAGUUAUUAUUGAUAGGCAACUUGAAAGUGAACAAAAUGGAAUUUGUAUUAUUUAUAGAAUUGAUAAAAGGGACUAUUCACCUUCGUUACAUUUUAGCGAGAGUCUAUUACAAAUGAUGACAGAUACGCCGAAAUAUAAAAGAUUAAGAGAUCUUAUUAUUUAUGGUUCACAACCUAAUUUCGAAUCUAAAUUAACUAAUGAAAUGAUUGAGAAAGUUCGAAUUGCUAGCGGAAAUGAGAUAAACGAGAGACAGAAAGAGAUUUUAGUCUAUUCUGUAUGUUGUCAAGAUUAUUUACUGGUUAACGGCUAUCCUGGUACUGGAAAAACUACUAUUAUAGCUAAACUUGUCGCAUUUCUGACGUCUCUCAAUUACAAACUACUCUUAUCAACGUAUACAAACUCGGCUUUGGAUAAUAUUUUCAUUAAAUUAAAGAAACAUAAUGUUAAAGCUAUACGAUUGGGAAAUAAAUUUAAAUGUCAUCCGGAUGUUACGCAAUACGCUGAAGAUGAAAUUCUUAGGGAAUGUUCAUCCGUUCAUAAUAUAAGAGAUAGAAUUAAAGAUAUACAAGUUUUUGGCGCAACAAUGAACCAUUUGGCUAGUUCACCAAAAAUUAUUCAACCUAUUCAUUUCGAUUAUGCCAUUAUUGACGAAGCGUCGCAAGCAACUCUCCCAGCAUGUUUAACGCCUAUACUUAAAGCUGAAAAGUUUAUCCUUGUUGGUGAUAUUAAACAAUUGGCUCCCUUACUUAUAAAAGGUUCCGGUGAGAGUCUCCUCGAAAGAUUAUCGGUAUUUUGUCCAAACAAUUGUAAAGUUGAUAUGGUUGAACAGUAUAGAAUGAACGAUGAAAUCUUACAACUGAGCAAUCAAUUAUACUAUUCAAAUAAUUUACGAUCUGGCAGUAAAGAAGUAGCUAAUCAAACGUUACAAUUAUCCGGAAAUAGUUUUGGUAAUAAGGUUGAAGAAUUUAUUAUAAAUCCUAAUCAUUCGGUUUGUGCACUACUCACCGACGAUUUAGGAUUACAGGCAGCCGAAUUUCAAUAUUGCGCUGGUAUUUUAAACAAUUACGAAGCUGAUAUUGCAGUAGAAAUAGCUAAUAAUUUAAUAAUGAAUGGACUAGACGCUCAAGAUAUUGGAAUAAUUACACCUUAUACCUGUCAAGUUAAGUUAAUUAAGGAAAAAUUAGGUCCAAAAAGCGAAAUUGAAGUUAAAACAAUUGAUCAAUCUCAGGGAAGGGAUAAAAAUUGUAUUAUUUUAUCGUUCGUAAGGGCAAGAUGGACUUUGAAUGAAGAGGGGAAAGAGAGCGAUACUUGUCAGGAAAAAGUUAACGAGCAGGGACUGAGCGGAAUCCUCUCGGAUGAGAAGAGUGAUAUGACCUGUCCAACGCCUUCCUUUGAUCUCUACGACGAUUUGGUGUCGUUCGACCAUUUGACAGAGGAAGCGGGUAAACUUGAUAAGGCCGAAUCGGAGAUCACCAGUUUGAACGAUCGAUUAGAAUAUUUAACCAAACAAAAUUCAGAUUUAGUAGAAAAGAAUCUUCUAUUAAGGAAAAACAUAUCGAAAUUAUAUAAAACUGCCAAGAAGGAAAUCAAGCAAAAAAAUGAUGUAAUUAGAGAUUUGAAUGAGAAAUUAGAAGAAUUUGAGCGGAGAGAACGAGCAGAUAGAUCCCACUCCAAAUAUUCAGAUAGAAGACGACAUAGUAGCAGAAGAUCACCUAUUCGGAAUAAUAAACGUUCUCCUACAAAAUCUAGAUCGCCUAAACGAUUUAGAGAUAGAUCAAUAUCGCCAAAAUAUAGUGGAAGAGAUUGUAGACAUUCCUCUAGAUCGAAUAGACACAGAUAUAGUCCUCGUACACCUAGUAGUGACCUUAGGAAAGGGGAAUCGAAUAAAUAUCGUAAAAAUGAGAAAAAAGACAUCAGUAUUAGUCAGAAUUUUAGUGAAUCCCUCGAAGAUGGAGAAAUAGCCGAUAGCAAAUACCCUUCGGUAAAGACUAAGAAAGAGGAUAGAGCUGAACAUUCAAAGAAGAUUCCUCCCAAUAAGCGUUUUGAUAAAAUAACCAGUCUUACAGAUGUUCAAUCGUCCUCCAGCGAUAUUUGCGGUACAAGAGGUGAUAAGAAAGCGGAUGAAUCUAAUAAGAAAGAGAAUAAACGAGAUAAAAGGAAUCUUAAACGAUCUAGUCUAGAAUCGGUGGUACGGGUAGUAACGCCGUUACAAGAGAGAAAUGUUACAAAUCAUUCAUAUAUUGAUAAAAAUAAAUCCAUACCUAGAAGUCGACAGAAUAGCUGGGAUAAAAAUAACGAUAUUUUAAAAACUGGUAAUGAAAAUAUCGCUAAAAGUACUACUAAUCAAGUUGAUAAGUUACCGUCAAAUGAGAAAACUAAUAUUUCUCCUGAUGCUGGGAAGCAAGACUUGAAUAAAGUAACUGAUAUAUCGAAUGAUAAUAAUGAUAAUGAUGACAACCGCCAUGAUAGGAAAACUUUACAUUCUCACCUUCUCAAGAAUACGGGACUAGGUAAGAAAGAAUUGGACGCUAAAAUGGAAGAGAUUUCGCAAAGAAAUGAAAAAAUUAUCAAAGAACAAGAGGACUAUUGUAUAACUAGCGAUUAUAAACAGGCUAUGCACGCUGUUAGAACAAUGGAUAGGAAUAAUAGGAAGCGGAAGAGACAAAGUUUAGAUUUUUGUAAGAAGGACGAUGAAGAACAAUUAGAAGAGAUAAACGAUAUUGUAUCUAUUCCUUCUGUACAAUCUAUUACUUCUUUGAAUUCCAGUUUAUCUACGCAAAUAACUACAGUUGAUAAUAUUAUCGAAUUAGCUCGUAAACAAACAAAAAUCAAUCAAGAUAAAUUAAAAACUUGUCGUAACGAAUCGAAAAUGACGGAUAGUAAUUAUUAUUUAAUUCCUAUUAAUUUACCACCUUGGUCAAGGGUCAAAAUGCCGAAAAUGGCUGAGAAUAGGCCAAGGUCACAAACGGCAAAUAUACCUGAAAAUAGGAUAGGGGAUAUUAAAGAUCCAAGAAUAAAUCAUUAUCGUUUAAAAUGUUCAUUAACGGAUAUAUUAUUAACGAAAGAUGAUAAUUUAAGAACAUGUUGGGGAUCGAAAGAUACGCAUUCAGAUAAUAUUAAAGAGACGCUUGAAACGAGUCAUCAUUCAGAGAUGGAUAUAUCGAAGACGUCUUUUAAUUCUUCGAAAAAGUCUACGGAUAAGAGUCUGUCAAUUUCCGCAGGCGAAGAGUUUGAUGGAAAAAUAUGCUCUUCGAAUAAGGAAGAAGGCUCAAGAACUAAACCGAUUGAUAGUAGUACACCGUUCUUCAAGCAUAAGAUAAACAACGACUUUGCAGUUGACGUCUCACCUGUAACAUUUUCGGAUUCGAAAAAUUGUAUGAAGGAUAAUUUUAUGAAGCCUCCUCCUACUAGAAAUUUACCAAUAAUUAAUCUAUUCGGAACAAGAACAGAUAAAAUUGAACGCGCUAAAAGAACUUGUGUUGUUAUUGAGGACUCUUCAAUAUCAUCAUUACUCCAUUGUCUCUUGGAUUUUGCUGAUAAAUCAUUAAAAUUGAAGGAUAAUGAUAAUGAUAGGAGAAAUGAUGAUCUAGAUAAGAUGUUCGAGAGAGCUUUUCACAUUUAUAGUACUCCUGAUAAAGAUCUCUACCUUCCAAGAUUAAUUGGUGACGAUACGAAUACAACGUCACUAUCUAACUGGCCAAAUCAUGACUUUGUACCCCCAAUGACCGACGAUACAACUAUAUCGUCACCUUCAAAGUGCUUUGAUAAAUAUAUUAAUAGAAUGGCUUCGCUUUCCGAUACAACUAAGACAGUAGCUACGUUGCGGUUGCAGGUAGAAAAGAUUUACGCUCUCACUGAAGAUACAUUUGACGAAUGUCAUAAUUUAAGAAUUGGUAAAAAUAUUAAUUUAAAUUACUCCACUUUAGACGUUGUCUGGAAUCAAAAAGACGAUCAUAUUUUGGCGUCUGCUGCAACAAAUGGUACUGUAGUAUUAUGGAACUUGGGAAAGGUUUCAAGAGCUAAAUUCGAUAGAGCUUAUAAGGCUCAUAAGAGAACUGUAAAUAAACUGGAAUUUCAUCCAAGGGAAGCUCACUAUCUAUUGAGCGGCGAUCAAGAGGGUUUAAUAAAAUUAUUUGAUAUAAGAUCUAAAGAAGCUAAUCCAUCGACAACAACGUUCAAUAGUAAAGUUUCGCAAGGCGUUCGAGAUGUUAAAUUUAGUCCUCAUUCGGAUCAUCAAAUUGCAGCUGCAUUUGAUAACGGUUGCUUCCAACUCUGGGAUAGGAGGAAUCCAUCUAAACCUGAGAAAAUUAUUCCGUCCCAUAAUGGACCAAUAUUUAGCGUUGAUUAUCACGCAAAAGAACCUUGGAUAGCAACGGCCGGAAGAGAUAAAUCCAUAAAAGUUUGGAAUGUUGCCGAUGGUAGCUAUAAUUGUUUAUAUGCCGUACAAACAAUUAGUCCAGUUUGGCAUAUAAAAUGGAGACCUCAACGACAAUAUCAUUUAGCAUCUUGCGCAAAAGUAUUAGAUUUCUCUAUAAACGUUUGGGACGUUCAAAGACCUUUUAUUCCUUUUGCUACAUUCGAAAAGCACGUUGACGAAGUAACUGAUAUCGCCUUUAAAAAUAAUAACGAUAUCGCUAUAUUAUCCUGUAGUAAAGAUGGUUAUUUAUAUCAGCAUGUAUUUAAAGAUGCUAGACGUCCUAUUGAACGAGUUAAUCAAGUCAGUAUAGAUAUUAGCGUUUCCGGUGAUAUUGCUAGAGCAGUUAGCGACGAAUUCUUAAGAGUAGAAAUCUUUAUGCCUUCCAACAACUUGCCCGACGCUUCGAUGGAAUGGUUUGUCGAAUGCGCUAAAAAAUAUAGAAUAACUGGUGGUAGUAUAGAAGAAAUGAGUAAUCAUAAUGCUGUAGUUUCCGUUGAAUUGGGAAGAUAUCACGUUGCUCAAACUUGGAGAAUGUUGCAAGUUUUAUAUACGGCAGCUAGUAAUACACAGUCAAUGAAUUGUGCUAAAAGUGACGCUCUAGCUCUAAAAGAAACUGAAGCAGUAACAAAGUUAAUUCAAGAAAAAUCAAUUGACGAGAAGACAAACGAAUCUAUUCAGGUAUGUAGUACAGCCGAAAAGGAGAAUUUGACUGGAGAAGAGUCGGAUAUGGAUGAGAAGAGUAGGCUAGAGAAUAUGCUCUUAACGCAAAUAGCUAGAGGAGUUGAUCAUAACGAAUUAGAAGGAUUUUGUUCGGAGAAUACGGAUAUUGAUAAUUUCGAUCUGGACGAAAUGGAAAAUCACGAUUGGCCUAUGCCAGUUGAAGGUAUUAGUACUCGACACGAAUUAGAGAUGGGAUCGGAUUCGCUAGAAGGUUGCUUACAAUCGAAUCCCGUCUUAAACAAUUGCGAAGAGAUGAUCUCCCAUCAAGUUAUUGAUCACGGUCUAUUAAACGUACCAGAUUUUACUAACUCGUUAAUCUCUUGGGAUUUUAGUGAUUUUGUUCAUUCAACGAUGGAGUAUUUCGUCGAACAAGGCGAUGUUCAAACGGCCGUUUGUAUUAUGUUGGUCGUUGGCGAUAAAGUGGAAGUUGAUGAUGUGAAAAAGUACAAUUGGCUUAUGUCAUAUGUAGACCUACUCAGUCAAAUGAAAUUAUAUAUUGAAGCAACAAGGGUUAUGAGAGCUAGCUCAUUGGAGGACGUUUCAACACUGAACUGCACAUCGACUACUUAUCUUUCAACUUGUGCAAGAUGUGGUAAAAACAUUACAAAAACUGGUUGGUUCUGUGUUAAAUGUCCAAGAGUAGUAACGUGCGUUGUUUGCCAUCAACCAGUCAAAGGUCUAUUUGCCUGGUGUCAAGGCUGUGCUCACGGUGGCCAUAUUAAUCAUAUGCGGGAAUGGUUCUCAUCGAGGAGACAAUGUCCUGCAGGUUGCGGUCAUUUAUGCGAAUACAUAUAG